AGAAUACACCUAUACGAACUGAGCGCGAGGCAUUGAGAAAGGACGAUUACAUUGGAUUUAAUGACACUCCAUCAAAGCAUCAGAUUCUGGACAUACUGGAUGAACUGUGCUGAACUCUGCACUGACCUUAAUCUGAAAACUCCAUAACAGCAGAGCAGUUGCUGUAGGCUGUACAUUCAGAUGGCAUAUUUCUUAGUUUAUGGAUGGCACAGUGUGUGAGUGGAGAGCUUAAUAACAAGUAUGUGCGUUUAGAGAUGCACACUUGUCUUGAGUUGCUUACCCUGAAUAUGAGAAAAAUGUAAGGAAGUCUACUGCAUCUAUUUGAGUUGAUCGCAGUUCCAGUGCUACAUUUAGAAAGUGUGAAAACAGUCAGGUUUAAGUUACAUUCCUGCCAACUUGUCUUGUAAUUCUCAGAAAUUUCUGCAUCAUUCCUAUGCAACAAUUCCAAGCACUAUCUUCGGAUAUGGAUAUGGACUUGUUUACAUUCAGGUAAUUUAUGACAGUUGUUUUUAUAGUGAUUGAAAAACGAUUUUUGUAAUAUUCCUCAGAUCAGACUAGACAUGGAUGGAUACCUGCCACCUCAUUUUCAUACGAUGACAGACAAUAAGAAGUUUUGUCAAGACAAUUCUCUGACGAUGGACCAAUGCACGCCGUACAGCAUAAACAUGAAUGUUUUCUUACCUGACGUCACCUACUUACGGACUGGCAUGUGCAGGCCCGUGAGGUCUGCAGUGCCACAGAUAAAGACGGAACCUCUUCAUUCGUCUUUCAAUUACUCCAGUUGCCACGGUGCUGUCGCACCUGCCGUGACCCACCCAGAGUAUCCAAACCUCUACAGCCCAGCUGCAGAAACGGGUAGCAACAUUUAUGUCAAGCACGAGAUGCAAUCCCUCGAAUUUCCAGACAUUCCAUUGUUUCAGCUGUUGAAUUCUGAACUUGACCCACAUGUGCCUGGAGCCCACUCUUGCACAGAUUCCCCCAAUGCUGAAUACCCUCCAAUGUCAGCAUAUAACGGCAUUCAACCACCACCCAGUCAUAUUGCAGAGAGAUCCCUUUGUAAUAUGGACAGUAGCGGACAUUCCCUACCUGCCCAGUAUCCUCCGAAAAGGACUGCUUAUCUACCACCCUCCCCUCCUAACUCGGAACCAGGUAGCCCAGACAGAAGGAAAGAACUCAUACAGAACUUGUCGCCACCUCCAUCCUAUGCUGCCAGCAUUGCCUCUAAAAUGUCUGGUCUUACCCAAGGUCCAACACCAACUCCUUGUGUCCAAUACAACCGCAGGAACAAUCCUGACCUAGACAAAAGAAGGAUACAUCACUGUGAUGUACCAGGAUGUAAGAAGGUCUAUACCAAGUCCUCACAUUUAAAGGCCCAUUUACGAACACACACAGGCGAAAAGCCAUACAAGUGCUCAUGGGAGGGGUGCGACUGGCGUUUUGCCCGUUCCGACGAGCUAACGCGCCACUUCAGGAAGCACACGGGGGCCAAACCUUUCCAGUGUGCCGUAUGUAGCCGUUGCUUCUCCCGAUCGGACCACCUGGCCCUCCACAUGAAAAGACACCAGAAUUAGAAGAGCCCAGUCUCGUUGUUCUGACGGUGCUGCGGGAGGGCUAUCAGGAGCUCUGUUGAUGAUACUAAUUAGGAUUUGGGUGUGUUGGUUAAUCUGAGUUUUGGCAGUUCAUCAGGUACAACAUGACCAAACCUGCCACCUGUAUGGCUCAUGUGGUCACAAAACCAGCUAAUUGAAGAGUACUUAGCUCAGCUGCCAGUUGAGACAUUCUUUUGACAUGUUUGUUUGUUUGUUUGUUUGUUUAUAUACAUACUUUAAGGUCAUUAUUUAUGACAUCACUACUUUUAAUGUGCCUUUUUUUCCUUAUACACUUGAGGUGGCAUGUACAAUUUUCAAGAGCUUAUGGGCAAUUUUACUCCUCUAAGUGACUACUACUGAUUGUAUCACAAGGUAAUUUUUAUCAAGAAUGAGCUCCGUUACCUUAAGUUAAGAGUCUGUUUGGUUGUAGAACCAAACCUUCAGAACAGUCAUGAGGCAGUGAGUCACAGCACUUGAUAAGGAGUGCAUCAAAAAUAUUGCAGGAGCCACCAGGUAAUUGAAAAUUAAAUGUAGCUUCAGAACACCAAAGAAAACAGAGCUGGAUUUAAUCCAAAUUCUGAAAUGUUUCAAGGAUGAUUUGCUUACAUUGACCAAGUGUUUGAAAGAGCACAAUCUGAAGUUUGAUCGAACAGCUUUGUAUCGAUUUCUGUAUUAUACCAAAUGCAAUAAGUAGUUCAAAUACUGUAUUUUCCAAGCAAGAGGACAGGACAGAUAUAAAUGACUUCCAUAAUUAUGUUUAGUUUUCCUUACUAUGCUUUUGUUUGGGAUUAAUGAUAGCUUUAUAUGUACAUAUUGUAAUUCCUCUGGCAAGUAUUUAUUUAUUAUACAGAUUUUCUUUUUCUAUUUUAUAAAAUGUAACUCAACUCUCACAUGAAAUGUGCACCGGGUUACGGGGAAGUGGUUUCAGAAAUCUUUCUUUGAACUAAUAAUGCUCUAAAUGGCUGCAUUAUGCUGAACAGCGCAGCAGCUGAUUGUUUACAUUACAUUGUUUGGCUUACGGUGUGUGUUACAUCUUUGUGUGUGGCCUCAUAAAACUACUUUUUUUUUAUUACAGUGAUCAAAAUGUUUUCAGCCUAAGUUUCAGUUAUACUGUAUUUUAAAUGCAUAAGAGGAGAGACUCGAUACAGAUGACGAGCUGAUGUAUUUCUUGAGAUGGAAGCAAUAUAGAUUGGGGACAUAUGGAGAUUGAUUUUACCUGAGGUAAUGUGAUACUAAGUCCCACAAUGCUGAAAUUUUGAGGUAUAGCUCUAUUCAAGAUCAUCAUGUACACCUAUUGUGAAGUUUUUCAUUUUGUGACCAAAACCAAAAAUAAAAUUGCUGUAAUUUAUUUUUCAGUUUCAGAGUUUUUAAGUUUCAG